CUGCCACCAAAUCCUUGCCUAACCUUCCUUUUUCACUCUCUUCCAUCGAUUCACUUUUCCAGUCUCCGUAAAUAGAGCACAAAGCAAUUGUCAAAACUUCCAAAUCCGCCCUAGCCAUACAAUACAGCUUAGCUCGUACAAUAAAAUGUCAUCAUCCAAGGAAACUGUCUCAACGUCAAACGCAGCCAUAACCCUCGGCCGUUUUCACUUGACUAGUGCGCCAUAUUGUCCACCGGCCAUCCCGCGGGAGUUUCGGACACACAAAUCAGAAUUGGCUCCAGUUUUGAAUCCUAGUAAAAGACAAUCAGUAUCGCUAUGGAGAAGUUGCUUGACUCGCUGUUGCGGAAAGUCUGUAAAUAUAGGCGAUGGAAGCGGCGCCGGCGGGGAUGGCGAACCUAUCGUGGGGGGCGCCACCUCCGAGAAGAUGUCAGGAUACGAGACCAAUUUAUAUCUCUACAGCGAGGAGAUGGAGGAUCGACCUCGUAUCUCAACGCUUCUCAACAGCCUCGCAAAUUACAGCAACACGAUUCCAGCCGCUACCGAUCCUGACAGCAAACCAGCUGCAGCUGCAGGAUCUGGUGGCGGUGCCCGGAUGGGUACCCUUAUUGGCGUCUUCCUGCCCUGUAUCCAGAACAUCUUUGGCGUCAUCCUCUUCAUCCGCUUGACCUGGGUCGUAGGUACGGCUGGUGCAAUACAAGGCUUCUUCAUCGUCUUAUGCUGUUGCUGUGUAACGAUGCUGACUGCAAUCAGUAUGAGCGCCAUUGCUACCAACGGUGUGGUACCAGCCGGAGGGUCUUACUUCAUGAUAUCCAGAAGCUUAGGACCUGAAUUCGGGGGUGCUGUGGGGAUGCUGUUCUAUACAGGUACAACCCUCGCGGCUGCCAUGUACAUCAUCGGCGCGGUUGAAAUUGUCCUGACUUACAUGGCUCCGUCGCUCAGUAUAUUUGGCGACUUCACCAAAGACGCUAGUAUAAUGUAUAAUAACUUUCGGGUCUACGGCACUGGUUUACUUAUGGUUAUGGGUACCAUAGUCUUCGUGGGUGUCAAGUUUGUUAAUAAAUUCGCCACAAUCGCUUUGGCCUGUGUUAUCUUCUCCAUAUUGGCUGUUUACGUCGGCCUAGCCGUCAACUUUAAUGGCAACGAUGCACUCAAAAUGUGUAUCCUGGGUAAACGUUUGCUAAAGGAUGUCACUGUGCCAGAUGAAUGUAACAAAAAUCCCGGUGGUCGUUUACACAACCUUUUCUGUGGUAAUGGUACCGAUGAGUGCGACGAGUAUUACAAGGAAAAUAGUGUAUCCAUUGUCAAUGGAAUUCGCGGUUUGGCCAGUGGAGUAUUCUUAGAAAAUCUUAUGGACAGUUUCCAAGAGGAAGGCCAAUACAUUGCUUAUGGUAAAAACCCGAAAGACAUAGACAAAGUGCCCGGACCGAGUUAUAAUCAAAUACAAGCCGAUAUCACAACAACCUUCACUAUUCUUAUUGGUAUAUUUUUCCCAUCGGUAACAGGAAUCAUGGCUGGCUCGAACAGAUCUGGUGAUCUGGCUGAUGCACAAAAGUCCAUACCGAUUGGUACCAUCUGUGCCAUCCUGACGACCUCGACUGUCUACUUGUCGACGGUUCUUCUAUUUGCUGGUACCGUUGACAACUUAUUGCUGAGAGACAAAUUUGGACAGAGCAUAGGAGGCAAACUGGUAGUAGCCAACAUCGCCUGGCCGAAUCAGUGGGUCAUUCUGAUUGGAUCAUUCUUGUCGACUUUGGGUGCUGGACUACAGUCAUUGACUGGAGCACCUAGACUUCUACAAGCUAUUGCAAAGGAUGGCAUUAUACCAUUCCUGACUCCAUUUGCCACCAGCUCUAGUCGGGGCGAGCCUACAAGAGCUCUGGUAUUGACAGUGCUUAUAUGCCAGUGCGGUAUUCUUCUUGGUAACGUUGAUUACCUGGCGCCAUUGCUCUCAAUGUUCUUCCUCAUGUGCUACGGAUUUGUAAAUCUUGCCUGUGCUCUGCAAACCUUACUGCGCACCCCUAACUGGAGACCUCGUUUCAAGUAUUAUCACUGGAGUCUCUCCUUCAUCGGUCUGGCACUCUGUAUUGCUAUUAUGUUCAUGACCAGCUGGUAUUAUGCACUUUUGGCUAUGGGAAUGGCUGGAUGCAUUUACAAGUAUAUCGAGUACAGAGGUGCUGAGAAAGAAUGGGGUGAUGGUAUUAGAGGUCUGGCACUCUCCGCUGCAAGAUAUUCUCUACUGAGACUAGAAGAAGGUCAACCUCAUACGAAGAACUGGAGACCACAGAUUCUUAUAUUAGCCAAAUUGACUGAUGAUCUUGUACCAAAGUAUCGGAAGCUCUUUGCUUUUGCUAGUCAGCUCAAAGCUGGAAAAGGUUUGACCAUCUGCGUUAGUUGUAUUUGCGGUGAUUACACAAGGAAUUCAGGUGAAGCUAUGGCUGCUAAACAAAGUCUUAGAAAAACUAUGGAGGAGGAGAAGGUUAAGGGCUUCGUGGAUGUUCUAGUAACCAGGAACAUUAUCGACGGCUUGAGUUGUCUGAUUCAAACUACAGGGUUAGGCGGUAUGAAAGCCAAUACGGUUAUCUUAGGAUGGCCCUACGGAUGGCGCCAAUCCGAGGAUGAGAGGACCUGGAGGCUCUUUUUACAAACUGUGAGAUGUGUAACAUCUUCACGAAUGGCUCUUCUCGUUCCCAAAGGAAUCAAUUUCUUCCCCGACUCGACAGAGAAGGUCGUUGGGAAUAUUGAUGUAUGGUGGAUCGUACAUGAUGGCGGACUUCUCAUGUUAUUGCCAUUCCUAUUGAAGCAGCAUAGGACCUGGAAGAAUUGUAAGAUGAGGAUCUUCACCGUCGCUCAAAUGGAAGACAAUUCUAUUCAGAUGAAGAAAGACCUCAAGAAAUUCUUAUACGACUUGAGAAUCGAAGCAGAAGUCGAAGUUGUAGAAAUGAUGAAUUCUGAUAUAUCCGCCUAUACCUAUGAAAGAACUCUCAUGAUGGAGCAACGUAAUCAAAUGCUCAGGGAACUUCAGCUGAACAAGAAGGAAUCUCUCGGAGUGGUGCAGACUUUGGUGGACUUCAACGAGGUACCUGCCGAGGAAAAGUUGCCUUUGGUGCAAGCUAUUGUGGACCAUCAUCAUAACGUGGACGUGAAGACAGCGACCAAGGUCAGAUUCCAAGAGCCAAGUGGACAACAGCCUAACGGCAUGGAUGACGUUCAGGAGAAGCUGAUGCAGGAGACUGAACUUAACAGCAAGGAACUUGAGGCAGAGGAGUCAAGCCAGAAGGGCGAGGAUGGCAAAGACGAACCGGAAGAGGAAUCGAAAUUAAUUGGUGGCUCUCCUAAACAAGAAAAUAGAGAGAAUGAUGAAAAGGAAGCUAAGGAGAAUGAGCAAGAAGAUGGCUCGGGUAGUCAAAAGAAGAACCGACCACAGCGUACACCUGACGAGGACAACGUGAGACGUAUGCAUACUGCGGUUAAACUUAACGAGGUCAUUGUCAAUAAGAGUCAUGACGCUCAACUUGUAAUCCUGAAUCUUCCUGGACCACCCAGGGAUACCAAAAUGGAACGCGAAUCUAACUAUAUGGAGUUCCUGGAAGUAUUGACCGAAGGCUUGGAAAGGGUGCUUAUGGUGCGGGGAGGAGGUCGAGAGGUCAUAACCAUCUACUCGUGAACUGAACUUAAAAGAACUGAAUUCAGCGCCUCACAAAAACCAAAAUCUAGUUUAUUUCUAAUAUACUUACACGAUUUCACACUCAUAGUCACAGUAUUCGUGCCCAUUAUCUACGCCAUUACUUGCGGUACAUACUGUGAAAUACGAUAACGAUUACUAAACAACUGCGUUUUACGGUGCCGGAUGGACGGUAUAAUAUCCGGCGUUUCUAGAAAGUAACGAGAAGAUGAAAGUGUCACAAUGAAAUUUCAUUGAAGCCGACUUACCUUCUGGUCCUUGACAGUCCCCGGAAGACGAGCUGCCAAAGCAAACAGACAAACAAAAAAUGACGAAUAACGUGCCAAAGGAUAAGUUCACUUUAUAUGAAUUUCAUUUAGGACGUAGCUUCUAACGUGGAAUUUCGAUGGCCAAGUGUCGUCAUCACUGAAAAAUAAUUAUCGACAUCGUUGAGGAAAUCUAACACACAUUGUAUUAACUUCAUGAAAUUAGGAAGUGAUAGGGAGGACUGCUCAGUGCAUUUGUUAAUUAGGUUUACUAAUGUCUCCACACAGCGUCGUACGAUUAACUCAUACAGGAGGCGUAGUUGAAGACGCUCCGAAGAAUUCGUUGCGAGGCACAGUAUCGAAUGCGAACACACGUCCCGAGUAACUGACAUUAUCUGAAUUCUCAUUGAAACUGAAAUCAAAAUUUGGUCCGAGGCUAAGGUCGAAGCAUCUACGAAAACACUGCCAGAAUACUUUCUAAAUGCUUCGCGUUUAACCAAAGACGCGAGAGGCUCACUUUUCUACAUGCAUUGUCGUUAUAUAGGGAGAUAUAUACUAGGUAUGUAUAAUUCUACCGCUUUUAGGUUAUCUAGGGUAGCCUAGGCUAGUGCGCUAGAGUACGCAAUCUUCUACAAAGAACGUAUCGGAAUAUAGAGAAUCGAUUGCGAGGAAUACAUCUCAUCAGAACUGACGCUCGUACGAGACUUUUUCUUUAAUUUUUAUCUACUAUAUUUUUUUAUUCUAUCAUUUUUAUAUUCGUGACAAUUGUUUUUUUUUUUUUUUUCUAUUGAUCCUCCUCUUUUUCUUCUUCUCUAUCCUCAUUCAAGAAAUACUUAAGCGAUGCGCGCACCGUUAUCCCACAUCGUAUUUAUAUUGUCCGUGGCCUAUUGGUCGAGAGAUACCAUUAUAAGAGUACAUGGAAUUUUCGGAAUGACACCAAGUUGACAAAAGCGUCGCGGUUAAUGGACGCGCAAGACACGAGGUCAAGGCGCAUCAUUUUUUGAAAUUCUCAUACACGAAGAUUUUCAUCGAAGUAAUUAUAUUAGCGUUUAUCGAUUAAAUUAAGUGUCGUGUGCAUGUCAUAUUUCACGCGUGACUCGACUUUAUUGUCGAUCCGCAAUCCAUUUUAGAUAGGCACUAUAUUAGUUUCUCUAUGAAACGUCGAGGAGAAAAUGGUCUUUUUAAAGGAAAUCUCGUGAAUUAUACAGUUUAAUGUAUCCAUUAAUAUAUUAUUAUCUACUUAAUCGAUGUCUGUGAAUAAGAUAUAAUAGCGAUAACGAUUACUCGUAAUAGUUAAAGGUUAUUAAAUUUACAGCCUCCAGAAUUUCGUGAUCGACUAGAGAGAUCAUAUUUGAAGUAAAAAAAAUGCAUUAGGUAUAAUACUUGAGAGGUAUUCUUAUAUAUAUAUAUAUACGAAAAAAAAAAUAUAUAUAUAUAUGAAUAUGUUAUAAUAAAACACUCAUUUGUCGUUGUAAAGUGCACAGACUACCCCAGCAAUAGUAGCUAGGAAACGCUGAAAGAUACAUUAUAAUUAUGCGAAUGAGAAAUUGAUUAGUAAGAAUUAAUGGAUUUGUCGGGAUUAUCGCGCGAAAUCUAGUUAAUGGUUAUCCUCGAUAAUCGUGAGCAUUGAUUGGAAAUGUGCACCCAAGAUGGAAAUAGCCAAAGAGGACAAAUAGUAUUAUGCAAAUUUUGACAUUGUAACUUAUCCUCUAGGAAUUAAUAGUCUUUCGGUAGAACGUUUGUAAUUCUCUACUGGUAUCGUCCACGUCGAGAUUUAUUUAUAUUAUCUAAUCUAGUACCUCCCUUAUACAAGUUUAAUUCGAUCAUCUUAAUCGAAUCGCAAUGCCCUUGUAACCCUAUGACCCUCUUUUUUGCUUUAACUUGAUAUCUCUCUCACUCUGUCUAUCUUUCCAGCAGUUUCCAUUUUCUCUCUUUUAUGUGGUCUCUCUACCUUCUUUCUCGUGAACGCGGUGAAUCCGCCUUUCUCUUAGAGGAAUAGAAUAAACUAUAAUUUAUAGCCAGGAUGAGAAAAGAAAUUGCACUUUGCUUUAAAAAGGCGGUUAACGUAAUGUUUUUUUUUUAUUUAAAAAGUGGCCAUUUUUAAUGAAAAAUAUAGUAGCUACGUAAAAUUUUUUUUAUUAAAAUUUUCGUCACCGUAUUACGCCACUAGACUACUUAUUAAUUAUUAAUUUAUCCCUUGGCCAAAAUAACCAGCUCGGCAAUGUCUGCGAACGGACAUUCAAGCAAUACGAAUGAGAAAAAAAAAUUUUAAUUAAAUCGAAUGUUCGCUCAAUCUCACUGCUGCAUCGUAAACAAGAAAAUGGUAUUCAGUGCAGAGCUGGCGUAGAAUAAAUCUAGAUUUAUAAACUAUUAUGUAAAUCUCCUUCGAGAUGAUUCAAAUUCUAUUUGAUGAUUUUAAUAUGUUACUAUUACUAUACUUACUGACGAUUAUAUAUAUUUUAUGAGUACUUACCUAUUUGAUAGGCAUUGGCAUUGAAUAGUUUAUACGUGAAAUGUUGAAUAUUAAUGAAAAAGUUUAUUGUGAAACGCUGUUCGGACUAAGUUGCUGGCGCAGAUUGUACAUACAUGAAAAUGCAUACUAUACAUAUUACGUACAUAUAUGUUGACUAGGAUAUAUUAUAGUUUGACAGCUAUUAUUCCCGUAUUGAUGACGAACAACCACACCUUUUUCAUGAUUUAAACAAGUAUCGCAGUAUUCUGCUACUACGCCGCUUUAUACUUUAUAUUACGUCGUGUUUUGUUUGAGUGCACAAUAAUAAUAUGAUUAAUAUUAUGUAAUGAGACACGCGAUAUUCUCGCCUUUAAGAAUAUGUAUACGGUGUAUGCCUGCAGGCUUGGCAACCGUCGUCUGGGCAUAUAUAAAGUAUAUGAAUAGUAUUUUCCUGGCGUGAUCUUUCGUUUGAAACGAAAAUGCAUUUUGAAUUUAAUGACCUCUAGGCUGUGAGACGCGAGCUAAGCAGCGAUAAACUAGCUCGAAACCUCAAUCAUAUGUGUCAAAUCAAGUAAUCCCAUACAUUUAAAAUACCUAUAAAUUUAUCUACACGUCUUUACUGAAAGCUCCGUUCACAAUUGACUUCGCGCGGAAAAUGAUUGUUUCUUCACUUCAGAAUUUCAAACGCGAGAUGAGCUCUCGUCCAUCUUUUUAAUGGAAUGGAAAGAUUACGGCAUAGUACUAAAAAAAAAGGUUACAAAAUAUACACGAGAUACAAAUAAUAUAUUUGUAGAUAUGGACUUUAGUCAUCUGGAUAGGAAAUAGAGUCAAUACUGUGAAAUACCUAUAACACGUAGAUACUUAGACCUAUGAUACUUGUAAUUGAAUUAUAAAAGAUGAACUAUAAUAAAAAAAUUAUAUUACGAUCGAAA